AUAUUGGCAUCAAUUUGACCGACUCGAUGUUCAGAGGAGUUUACAGAGGGAUCCGGAAGCAUGAAGGGAAGGAUUCGCUGAUAUGACUGGCUACUCGGCAGAUUCCAGACAGAGGAAAAUGAUUUCUCCGUCUUCAGGAUUAAUUAAAUAAGAAUUUAACAUUCAUUGAGAUUCUUCCAAGAGAUGUCACCAUAAGCUACCGAUAGGCUUUCAGGAAGAUGACUUGUUGGAUGUGGUAGAGAGAGCAGUCCAAAUUGGCGUUAGAAAGUUCAUGAUUACCGGCGGGAGCCUGCAAGACAGUAAAAAUGCAUUACAAUUGGCCCAGACAAAUGAAAUGUUUUACAGCACAGUCGGUUGCCAUCCCACACGCUGUGUAGAAUUUGAAGAGGAGAAUGACCCUGACCUUUAUUUAACUGAAUUGCAAGAUCUUGCUGAAGGAAAUAAAGGGAAAGUUGUGGCUGUGGGAGAGUGUGGCCUGGAUUUCGAUAGAUUACAACUGUGUCCCAAAGAAACGCAACUCAAGUAUUUUGAAAAGCAAUUCGAUCUAUCAGAGCAGACCAAAUUACCAAUGUUUCUUCACUGUCGAAACUCACAUGCUGACUUUUUGGACAUAAUGAAGAGAAAUAGAGAUAGGUGCGUUGGAGGAGUGGUGCAUUCAUUCGACGGUACAAAGGAAGAAGCAGCUGCAAUAAUUGACAUGAAUCUUUACAUCGGAAUUAACGGGUGUUCACUGAAAACUGAAGCCAACUUAGACGUGUUAAAGUCGAUCCCUAGUGAAAGAUUAAUGAUAGAGACCGAUGGGCCUUGGUGUAGAGUGAAAUACACCCAUGCUGGAUUCAAGUUUGUCAAGACCACUUUUCCUACCGGGAAAAAAUGGGAAAAGGGGCAUUGCGUGAAGGAUAGAAAUGAAUCCUGCAAUAUAAUUCAGGUCCUGGAGAUCAUGUCAGCCGUAAGAGAAGAGGAUCCACUUGAAUUGGCCAACACUAUGUACAACAACACCAUUAAGCUCUUCUUUCCAGACAUGUAAAGUAGCUGACUUUCACCCUGAACUUUUCAAAAGCAACUAAGAACUUUCCUCUCAAGUAUUGGCCACUCGAGAUCUUCAACACUCAUCGUGACCGACGCCCACCUUUUCAACCUAUCGAAUAAGUGCGUAAAAGGCAGGACCUGCCCGUUAGGAUAAAAUAGAUGGAAGUAGGGUUCUAAGAAAAAGCAAAUCUGUCAUGGCUAAAGUUCCAAAAAAAAUCAAAACUGAGAGCCCACGGUAACAAUCUGCCCUGGUGUCUCUCUGGGGCAUUCAUGGCUAGGACAAGCAGAGCUCUGAUCCGAGAUCCAAAGCGGCAAUUGGGGAGUUGAUUUUUAGUGCAUGGGAUCACCGCGUUUCAUUUCCAUUAAAACAAUAACGAAUCUGACGGAUACUCAAACUCGUGGUACGGCGCCCCACCCCCGGACGCUAACGGAGUCUCCCGCCCGAAGACCGCCGAGGCUCCGGCCCGUCCACGUUUAGUUUACCUCUUGAACAGCUGAUGGUCACCCCGGCCCUCCAGCACUUAGGGAUAUUUCAAUCACCUCGGUAGCCCCUGAUUUUCACGAUGCCCGCUGGGCUCGUCCACUUCACCAGACACCCUACUACACUAAGAGGUUCUUCCACCAGAAACCUGGAGCGCUGACGACCCGCCCCUGGGGGGGAAGCCCCCCUCCUGCUACACCGGAUGCUCCCUGGGGGCAAGAACCACCUCUACCCACUCUUGUACUCUCCUAAGCGCCGCCUGGUACAGGACUCUGCACCCAGUAAGUGCUCACUACAUACCACUGAUUAAAGGAGCUGUUUCUAAAGAACCGAGUGAUAACUACAACCCGUUGAGCCAUGGGUUUCUGCAGACCUGGAUGCGCGUACAUAUAUAUUUUAUAAAGCGUGAUCUAACGUACCGGGUUUGUACCUUUUUCCAAGCGAGUUUUCUUUACCCAGUAGGUGCUGGUUGAUCCUCAUCUUCCCUUUGGGAGCAAGCAGGGAAAAAUACUUCAUUCCUACCGGUGUUAUUUCUUACCUCUCCCCGCUCCCCCCCACGCAGAAGAAAAGCUGGGAUGGGGCAUUUAGCUUAUUGAAGUGUGAGUGUCUAUGGCACACCUGAUGCGCUGUUCAAACUAUUAAAAAGCUGUCUGUCCAAA